UUUGCAAAUAGUUCAGUAUUGUGGAUGCCUAUCAAAUAGAAACAUCAGUUGAGUUUACAUAUUUAUUUUAAUAUAAUAUAUUUUGAUCCAACAGAUAAAAACAUUAUAAUUUUCAAAUCUUCAACUUUUUUAGAAAAAUGAUUUCUUUAAAAGAAUUUUUUCUUCUAUUUUUCGUUACCUUUUCCCUAGUAGAUAGUUGGCUAUGGCAGAAAACAUUACAUUUGGGUGAAGAAUCAGAUACGUUCGGUACAAUCAAGAAAUACACAAGAGGCAUGAAAUCACUGUUGGUACCUUAUUUUGUGAGAAACUGCAUAACAGAAGUUGAAAGACGUGGAUUGGAAGAAAUAGGAUUGUACAGAGUAUGCGGCUCAAAAAAUAAUAUAGAAAAGAUCAUAAAAUCGUAUAGAAAAAAGAAGAACGCAGAUUUAUCGAAAUUUGAUGACAUUAAUGACAUUACCGGAGCACUUAAAUUGUUUUUACGAUCAAUGAAAGGGCGAAUAAUUGAUGUAGAUUUGGGGAAAGAGCUUCUACUCGCUAUUGAAAAUUUAUCACCAAAUUUGGAAACGGAAUUGAAAGAAAUAAUUUCCAAACUUCCAACACCAAAUAUUCAAACUCUUGCUUUUAUAAUUUUACAUUUGCAAGUGGUACCUAGAAUACCAGAAAAUGAAAUGAAUAUUCCCAACUUGGCUAUAGUUGUUGCUCCAAGUGUAUUCAGUGAUAUUGGAAUUGCUCCUAAAGACAGUAUAGCAAUUGUUAAGUCGAGAAUCAAGAUCUUUGAAAAAUUAUUAGAAAUACCAUCCGAUUUUUGGUAUGAGCUUCUUCGAUUGAAUGAUGCUUCGGAAGCAAUGGAAGAAGAAGUUUCAGAUACGGAUAGUAUUAUAUUUGAAACAUAUAAUGAAGAUGAAUAUGAAGAAAGCAAAAAGAAACCAAGCGAUGAAGCAAGUCUUUCGAGUGGUAUUUCGAGUGAUAUUUCGGAUGAUGUUUCAAUUAAUCUUUAAACAUCAAAUGAGAAAAAGUGCAGAGACUAAUUUUUAGCAAAAGCUGAAAAAAAAUCACUUUGCAUCCACUUUCAAAGUGGCAGGAUAAAAAAAAUGUAUUAAGAUUUUGUUCUAAUCAAUAAAGAAUUGAAAUCAUA